GCUAUGCAAGCUUUCCUCUUCGAUGAGUCCGAGUCUGCUGGUUUGUCUGAUGAUGCUAGCUGCAGUUUGGGGUUGCGGGCUCUGAAGGAUUGGCUGAAGUUCGAUUUCCCGAGCGAAGCUGUGGCAAGUAUAGUGGAGGAAGGAACCAAACCUGUGGUCAAACAACACAUCCUCUGCACUAGGACUGCAAUGGAUCAGGCUAUGUGUCUCAUGCAUGAAGCACGCCACCUCAAGAGUGAACUCUUCACAAGCAUUGCAAAGGCAGCGUCGACAGGCCAAUACAUGAUCGAUAACAUUAAAAAGUCGUAUGGGACUACAGAUGCCAUUGCAAACAAGAAGAUCAUACUCACCGAGAAGUGGGUAGAAGCUGAGAAGGAUCGCUUCAGGCAUGAGGCUGAGGAGAAGGACAAUGCGGCCCAGGUCGCAAUGCAUUCCGCCGCAGAGCACGUGCUUGCGUUGUUCCGAAGGGUGCCUGAUUCGGCAUGGGCUCCUAUGUUCAGUGAAAAACUGGCCCACUGGACCGAGCUUGAGGCUACUCAGAUGGAAGCGAUUAAGGUUGUGCAGGCCAGGAUGAAUGCUGGCAUGGCUCCAGAAGCGCCGCAGGACUUAAAGGAACGUGUUCGGGGAUCUGCAACACCGCAGAAGGGUGAUGCUGCAAAAGAUGUUCAUGAGCCUGAGGUGCACGAUGAGAAUGAUCAGCUCGGCCGUGGCAUCAGCUCAGAUCGGCAGCCGGAUGAUAGCUUCGAUGAGCAGGCCUUCCAUGCUGAGCUGGCUAUGCUGAUGAAAUCUCCACAACCACCCAAGGCUGAGGUGGAGCCCAAGCCGGCAGAGACCGGUGUGAACAGAGAGCAGAACACGACCGCAGAGAAGGGUGGUGUGCCGGCUCAGAUGAAUGGUGUGGACAGACAGCAAAGCGCGACCGCAGAGAAGGGUGGUGUGCCUGCUCAAACGAUUAAUGGUGUGGACAGACAGCAGAACAUGACCGCAGAGAAGGGUGUGCCUGCUCAGACGAUUAAUGGUGUGGACAGACAGCAGAACAUGACUGCAGAGAAGGGCUGUGGCAUUUCAGUGUCUCGCAAUCCUGAUGUCAAGACUGGCGCAAGCAUCCCUGUCAUCCCUGUCCCUGCCCAGGUGCCUGUUGCUUCUUCUGUCGGUGCUGUGGUGAGUGCUUUGAACCGCAGGGAGAGCAGCAAGGCAGAAAGUCAGCAGCAGCCAACUGAUGAGGCUACAGCACUACUUGAGGCAGUCCGAAUUGCCCGCAAUGUGUUCUGGAUGCUGCUGCCAACCGCUAUCGCAGCCAAACGGAAGGCAACCACGCAAUACAAGGGACAGGAGCGCUACUUCUCGAAAAAGCAGAUCCGGGAGAAGCACGGAAAGUUGCAAGCGGAGUCUUUGGUCCGCAACAAGAAAAUGCUGCAAGAGCAGCAGGGAGACAAGUACCCGAACAUGCCCCAUUGGAUGGAGCAUCCAGAUUUUAGGGGAGUGGAGGAUGAAGAGCUGUUCUUGAUGUUUGAUGAGUUUGUGGUGCAGAACAAGGCGAAGGACACAAAGUCGACUACAUUCGCCACCGGUGCCCAGCUGGAUGGGGACAUGACUGCCCAGAUUAUGCCUGCUAUGAUGCAGUCGGGUACGCUCAACCCCGGCUUGUCUGCACCCGCUGUGCCGCUGAACCUGGGCCAGGCGGUCAAUCCAUUGGAUGCUGCGGCUAAGGGUGGGCAGAACAAAGGGAAGGGUUCCGGGAAGGGUCGUGAUCGAUCCCUCCGACAAGCUGCAUCGAAUGCUUCAAACAAAAAAGGUGCAACAAAGGCCACAGCGCUGACGCAGGCAAAUACGAAGAUUCGUGAUGCUUCAUCGAAGCUGGUGGAUGCAAAAUGUUGGGAGAAGAUCAUGAAUGAUAAGACCGGGAUCUCAAAGGCUAUGAAGGAUGGCUAUGCGGCAGACAUGGGAAAGCAUUUGGCAGAUUUGCAGGCGGCUACCGAACAGCUCCAGCAUGCUACCUUGACAGGACCGAAGGAUGAAGCCACGCUAAAUCCGUUGAUCGCUACCUUGGAUAAAGUGCUGGAGGGGUACAACACCUUUGUGAAGCAGGUCAAGGUUGUCUUUGAGCUUUGGUGA